AAAGACGCGGUGACAGGCGGCGGGAGGCGGCACACGGAGCGGACCAACCUGCAGUCCGGACUCGCGGUCCAGACCCGGACUGAGAGACCUGCCCGGACCCAUCCGGACUCACCGAGACCCGGCUGGACUUUUUGAUUCCGCAGCAGGAAACAGCGGCAGCAGGAGGACCGGGACAGCCGGAGAUGAUGGCCCAGAGUCCCCGAUGGAAGAGGCGCAAGCAGCUCAACCCCCGCAGAAAGAGCGUUCUGAACUAUGACAGUGUUCUGGAGACGACCUCAGAGACAGAUGAGGACGACCAGACGCUGCUCCGUGAUGACAGCAGCUUCACCGGAGGAGCUGGAGACGAUGAAGAGGUGGGCAGUCCAGUUGGUGUCCCCGCCCUGGAGGCGUCGCCCAGGGUCGGCCACGACCUGCUGUCCAACCGGGAGCCGGACGACUCGGAGCACCGGGGGGAGGACGAAUGUAUCGAUGAUCGCAGCAGCGAGUACGAUGCUGUGGGACCUGAGGCCUCUCUGCAGGCGGUGGAAGACAGUCCAGGGAGACGACUGGAUGGCAUCUCCGGGUUGGAUGAGUUCUUUCUGAAACGUAAGCUGGAGGAUGACGACGGUCACCAGGCAACCAUCGCUGAGUACCUGCAGCGCAGCGACACCGCCAUCAUUUACCCAGAAGCCCCGGAGGAGRUGACGCGCCUGAGCACGCCCGAGGCCGGCGGUCAGGAUGAGAGCGAACAUGAUCUGYCUUCCAGUGCCACAGACGACUUCGCCCAGCUGCUCACCUGUCCRUACUGCGAGCGCGGCUACAAGCGGCUGACGUCUUUGAAGGAGCACAUCAAGUAUCGACAUGAGAACACAGAGGAGGCCUUCACCUGCCUGCUGUGUGCAGAAACGUUCAACCAGAGAGCCCAGCUGGAGCGGCACAUGAUCACACACAAACCCACUGUGGACCAGCCACCGCUACUCAGUGAGGGAGCUGCAAACCGCAAGUUCAAGUGCAGCGAGUGUGGAAAAGCCUUCAAGUACAAGCAUCACCUGAAGGAGCAUCUCCGUAUUCACAGUGGUGAGAAGCCAUACGAAUGCUCCAACUGCAAGAAGCGCUUCUCCCACUCGGGAUCCUACAGUUCCCACAUCAGCAGCAAGAAAUGCAUCGGCCUGGUUGCCCUUAAUGGACGAGUACGCAAUGGGAACAACAGCAAACCUGGCUCUUCUCCAAACUCCACAACAUCCYCACCUGGAAGCCCCGCCUUGGCUCACCUCCGGCAAAAACUAGAGAAUGGGCGUCUCCUUGGCCUGCAAGACCAGCAGGGUCAGGUGGACAUCAAAACCGAGCCAAUGGACUUUAAUGAUUACCGGCUGCUAAUGGCUUCACARCAUGGGUUUGGGGGACCAGGCGUCUACUUAAAUGGUCAUAGUGRAAGCCCACUGGGUACCCAUGGCUCUUCACAAAGCUCCUUUCAACAACUGGGUGGCAUGGGGAUUGAUCUCUCUCUGCUAGGAUACGCUGGACCUUUCGGGAGCAGCCUAAGCGAGGUACAGAAGGUUCUCCAGAUUGUGGACAACACUGUUUGCAGGCAGAAGAUAGAUGGAAACCCAGAGGAGCUGUCCAAGCUUAGAGCCUAUAUGAAGGAGUUGGGUGCCCAGAUGGAGGCACAGGCCAGCUUUCAGGCAGGCAACAGUCCUACCAAGAGCAUCAUUGACUACACGCUGGAGAAGGUCAAUGAGGCCAAGAACCUUAUCAAUGACUCCAAGAUGCAAGUGGAUGUUAAGAAAGAGAAACCAAACCAAUCAGUUGAUCUCAGCAGCGAAGAAAAGUUCUCUGAUGGACAGAACCCAUUCCUGACAUUUACUUGCCAAUACUGCAAGGAGACCUUCCCUGGACCCAUCCCACUUCACCAACAUGAGCGCUACAUGUGUAAAAUGAAUGAGGACAUCAAAGCAGUCCUGCAGCAUCCAGAGGGCAGUCCUGUUGGCUGCAGGGGGCUGAGGGUUGAUGAACUGUCCCGUACUGAGAGGCCCCACAGCCCCACCAACCUUUUCAAGGACCACAUGUCAGUGUUAAAGGCUUACUUUGCCAUGAAUGCUGACCCCAACUCYGAGGAACUGCUCAAGAUUUCCCUUGCUGUUGGCCUUCCUCAAGAACUGGUAAAAGAUUGGUUUUCACAAUGGAAAAUUCAAAACAACCACAUGGACAGUUUGAGGAAAAUGUUCCAGACUCCCGAGCGUGGAGGACCAGACCGCAGCUUGAGUCGGUCUCCAGUGUCUCUUCCUGUUAUAGAUUUACACAAUGGCUGUAUUAACACAGAUCCCACUCACAGACUCACAAAGAUCAAUCAGUUUACAGCCAACAAGCAGACAAAGGGGGACAAACCACUAGAUCCUGCUGAUCCCUUGAGGAGCAACACUUCGUCACCUCUWAACCUGUCUUCCACCUCGUCAAAACACUCCCAAAGUAGCUCUUACACUCCAAACAGCCUCACGUCUGAGGAUGCUCAUGGAGAUACUCCUCUAGAUUUGUCGCUGCCCAAACACAUGGCACCAAAGCGACCAAAGCCAAAUGGCUUUAUCACMGAGCACAACGGCGAGGUGUCGGUACGUGAACAGGGUUCUGGAUCUCUAGGGCUGGUAAAGAUCAAGAAGGAGUUCUUGGGCUCGGACAGUGGUGGGAGCUCUAUCCAUCAGCUGGAGAAAAGCACCAGUCCAAUUUUUGGGAUUAAUCCCUUUGCUGGUGGUCCUGUGUACACCUCCUUGCCACCCCAUGGAGCUUUUCCUCCACCCACCUUCAUAAGUCCUGCUCAGGCCACCAUCCCKGGCCUCAGGCCCUACGCCGGUCUUGACCCCAUGAGCUUCCUGCCCCACAUGGCCUACACCUAYGCCACAGGGGCUGCAACAUUUGCAGAAAUGCAGCAGAGAAGAAAGUACCAACGGAAAGCAGGUUUCCAGGGGGAGCUGCUGGACGGGACGGCGGACUAUCUGUCAGGCCUGGACGACCUGACAGACAGCGAUUCGCUGCUCUCCAGGAAGAAGAUUAAGAAGACUGAAAGUGGUAUGUACGCGUGUGACUURUGCGACAAAACAUUCCAGAAGACCAGUUCCCUCCUAAGACACAAAUAUGAGCACACAGGUAAACGUCCACAUCAGUGUCAGAUCUGUAAGAAGGCCUUCAAACACAAACACCACCUCAUCGAGCAUUCACGUCUGCACUCAGGGGAGAAACCCUACCAGUGCGACAAGUGUGGGAAGCGUUUCUCYCAUUCCGGUUCGUACUCACAGCACAUGAACCAUCGCUACUCCUACUGCAAGAGGGAGGCUGAGGAGCGCGAGGCRGCCGAGAGGGAGGCCAAGGUUGGAGGGCUGGCUGGAGGACUGGAGCCCACCGAGUUGCUGAUGAGAAGGGCUUAUUUGCAAGGCUUGGGGCCUCUCGGAUACUCUGAUCCAGAGGAACAGCCGGAGGACGGCGGUGGUACCAUCUUAAGGGACGGAAGAGAGGGAGGAGGACAGGAGGUGGGAAGAGUGGACAAUAAGAUGUACGAGGAGGUGACAGAUGGACAGGAGGCAAGUUUCAGGAACAGAGAGGAGGAGGGUGACAGCAGGAGCCAGAUGGACUCAAUGAUGGAUGAAGGGGGCAAAGACUCAGCACAGCUGAUGGACACUUGUUCACGAGAAGGGAAGACAGACGGAACGUUGGAGCAGGAGGACUGAUGGAGGAAAGAGAACCGGGAAGAUGAAGAUUUGUUUGUGAGAUCUAGAUUCUGCUUCAUGGUGAAGGAUAACAGAGUGUCUGAUUGGCUGGGAGGAUGUUUUAAAGUUUGUGCUAUUCAUCAAACUACCUUAUAAGGUCAGAAAGUGAUGUCAUGAGGGUGUGGUUUACCUGGGACACYUGUUACCUGUAUGACAACAUACAGAAUUUUAAGGCUACGACUCAGUUAAUUUUGUUGUUUUUUUAAAAACAAAAACAUUCUAAGCUCUGGUUUAUCACAUUCAGUCCAUUUUUUCUAAAAUCUAACUUUUAUCUUUUGAUUUGUCCCGACUUGUUGUGAGUUUUGAAACCUUAAAAGAAAAAAAACAUUGUAACCCCUGGUAUUUGAAUUCUGGAAUCCUAGUUUAUUUCACUGGAUUGUAAAGUUAUUUAAUCCAUUUUGGAAUUAAAUAAAUAAAUAGUCAUGUUAAAUGAUMAAAUUUUGUAUACAACUCAAUUUAUUUCUUAAGUAUUUUCUCUGUGGGACUACUAAGCAGCCCAUGGUCGGUUUGAAGUGUCAAACAGAUCCUUUUGGUACCCAAACAUAAGUUUUAGCUCUAACUUAUGAUUAAGUUUGGUAAUUACRUAAACGCAAAGGGGGAAAGAAAAUUACUAAGCUUGCCACUUCRUAGCUUGUUAGCUAGCUAACUGCUGUCUUGUUAGCUUACAACCGUUAGCUGAUUAACUGUUCAGCUAGCUACUUGCAAUUUUUUUGGCUUGUUCCGUCAACCACUAAAAUCUUUUUCUUUUCUUUUCUUUUUUUUCCCAUAAAUUAAGCUACUCUCCUCAGAGUUGAACCAGAACUUUACAUUUCUGUUUUUUUGUUGGAGGAAGAAGCUGUAGAAUCUGUUGGACUGAACCUGGUAAAUUAGAAAUGUUUAACAUGUAGAGCCGAAGUUCGAGGUGUCUUGAUGAAUGAAGUGUCCAUUUUAGCCUGAAUAAGAGAGAACAAAGUUUUUGAUCAGUAAAUGUUAACCCCUUAUAAAAGUAAACCAACCUUAACCAUCAGGUGUGCAGGAGGACCAGAGACCUGAAUCAUGAAGCAGGACCGACUGGUUUAAAAUCCAUGUUAUGCAAAAUAAGAAGAAAAUAAAAAGAAAUAAUUAUUAUUAUUCUAAUAAACUAAGUGAAGCGCUUGUUAAUGUACAGUAUUAUAAAGGCCUGAAAGCUGUGUGGUGCUCUGAUGUUCCUAACCUCUGUGUCUUGUUGUGUUCGAUAAAACCACUUCAGGAAAUUGCACUUGGCUCCCUGAAUCACUACAAAAUAAUGAAAAAAUAUUAUUAAAAAAUUAAAUUGGGAAGCCUGGAACACUCUGUCACGUUCUGUCCGUGUUAAUGUUGUUAUUCUGUCUCCUUUUAAUGUGACUUUUUUUUUAUAUAUAUAUUUUUAUCCRACUUUAUUAUUUUUGCCAACUAACCACAUAACUCCAGGCCUCCUGAGUUGUUUUUUUCUGUGAAGGAAUAAUUAAACCUGUSUGAUUUUUCAGUCUUAAAUCGGAGAGGCAGGGGUAGGAAAAUAAAGGGCUCGGCUGGAAAAAGAGGACGGAGCCUUUUGCUCCAGAGAAAGCCUUAUAUGCAAACCUUUCACCUGUCUGUUUCUAAAAAGUGCCAUCCCUGUGCAGUGACACACCUGUCCUCUCAUCCUGUCAGUAUUACCGUAGAUAGAUGCCAUUCUGUAGUUUACAACUGUUGGUGCAAUUUAUAUUGUUUUUUUUUUUCAUGACAGUACUUUUGACAGUAUUACUUUUUGAAUUUACCAACAAAAAUUUCAAUUUUUAUUUGAGAAUUUUCCAUUUUAUUUAUGUGUGUCCUUUUUAUAUUGCUGUCUUUAUUUAUUUCCUACUGUAGUGUACAGUAUUGGGGUUCCUCACAGAAAUAUAUUUUAGUAAAAUGGUUCUGUCAUCAAAUAUUGGGACAUAAAUGUUGAUCAGGUCGUAUAUUUGUUUUCUUCAUGUUUUAUUAUUUGAAACUACUGAGAAAAAAAAAUCUAAAUUUGGGGAACUUUUGAUACAACAAUUAUUGUGCAAGCACUGUAUUAAUAAAAAUCCACUUUACUCAUGCCUCUGAAGAGAGGAUGAAGAACUGAUUAUGAAGGAAGUCCUGAAAUGUCUGAAGUAUUAUGGUUUUAAUUUUUAAUUUUUCAUGUUGGAAUAAAUGUAGCCAAAAUAAAUUUUAAUAAAGCUGUGUUAUUCUUCUUGUA